AUGAGUUAUUGCCCAUCAAAUUCGCAUAGCCAUUCAGACUUUCUUCCAGGCAUUUCGUCUAUACCAGAUGGUCGAAGAACUUGUUCUGGGCGUUCAUGCGUAGCGUCAUCAAUUGAUUCAAUUUCGGGAUUUCAUCAUCAUUCUCAAUUCGAUGAUAGUCCAUGGACUGUUAUCGAAGUUGACGGCCCUGCACCAGAAACAAGGGUUGGACAAACAAUCAUAUACUGGCCAGAAGGAAAUUCCAUUAUUUGCGCUUAUGGAAGAAAUAAAGAUGACUCCUUCUCUGAUGAGUUUUGGAAAUUUUCUAUUGAAACAAACAGAUGGGAGAAGUUACCAGUUGAGAACGUAACACCAAGAGCUGCUGCCGGCUGUGCUUUGGUAAAUUCAAAAUUAUAUUUCUUUGGAGGAAUUACAACAUCAAGCUUCGUAAAAGAAUAUCAUACAGUUGAUUUAAAUACAUUAGAAGUUGAAUACCCAGUUACAACAGGUGAUGCGCCACCAGAAUGUGCACUUCCUCUUGUUGCUUUCUAUAACAAAUACUUGAUUGUUUGGGCAGGUACAUCUGGCUCAAAUUUGUCUUGUUUGCAUAUCCUAGAUAUCGAAGAAAACCAUUGGGAACAAAUUAAAACAGAUUUUGUCGGAAGACAAGGAGCAUGCGGCUGCAUUAUUGAUUCUACCCUUUACAUAUACGGAGCUAGUUGCUCAAUGUCAAUUCUCGCUUUGAAUCUCGAAACUUGGGAAUUUACUCCAAUUCCAACAACAGGAGCAGAACCUCCUCGCGGACUUGAUUGUCUUACAAUGAUUACUUCAGGCAAUACAAUUCUCGCAUUUGAAUCAAAUUGCUCGGCAAAUACAGCUAGAAUGUAUGUUUACGACAUUGAAAGAUCAAAUUGGAUUAGUCACACUGUUAAUAUUACGAAUGAACAAACAGAACGUCCUAAAAUCGUAUUUUACCUCCCAGAUUCAAGAAAAUUAUUGGCAUUAGGAGAAAGUGCUUCAGGAGUGACCCAGCCACUCUCUGAAUUAUCAAUUGGCAAGAUGAUAUCCUCCCUCAACCAAAGAAUAGACAUGCUUUCCGCUUUGAGAGGACUUCUUUAA